CCCCCGCCGCUGCCUAGCAGCGCGCACUCGCUCGCCGGCGCCCGGCUGGACGGGUGGGGAUCCGCGCCCGCGAGCGGGGGGCGUGGGCGUCAGCGCCUCCCCCUCCCCUCCCGCCCUCCAGCCUGGCGGCGGCCGUGACCCCGUCCGACUGAGCCGGUCGCCGCCUCCUUUCACCUGGCGUCGGGUCGCGAGGGACGCGCCGCCGUUGCUGUAGGAUGAAUGGGCCCACGAACGCGGGUCCCCACGCGUGUUGUCGACGCUUCGCGCCGCAGACCCACGGCGGGUGCUCCAGACCCGAGCCCCGGCACUGCAGCCCCGGCGGCCAGUACUGCCGGCCCCGGAGCCCGUGUUGGAGCCCCGGCGGCCAGUACUGCUGCCCCGGCGCCCAGUACUGUAGGUCCCGCACCCAGUACUGCGGCCCCGGCGCCCAGCACCGCAGCCCUGACAGCCAGUACUGCAGCCCCAGCAUUGCAGCCCUGACACCCAGUACUGUAAGUCCAGCACCCAGCACCGCGGCCCCAGCGCCCAGCACCGCAGCUCCAACACCCAGUACUGUAAGUCCAGCGCCCAGUACUGCGGGCCUGACAGCGAGCACGGGUGGCCAGACACCCAACACCCAGUACUACAGCCCCCAGGGCCAACCUUGGAGCCCCGGCGUCCAGUUCUCCCGGCCCGGCACUGCAGCCCCGGCGCCGAGCGCCGCUGACCUGACACCCAACACCCAGCACUACAGCCCCCCGGUCCAGUCUUGGAGCCCCGGCGUCCAGCACUACCCUCCCUGGCAUUGCAGCCUGGUCCACUACUGCCGGCCUGCCACCCGGCACUCCAGCCCCGGCGUCCAGCACCACUGGCCUGACACCCAACACCCAGUACUGCAAACCUGACCCCCACCACUGCGGCGCCCGCGCCCAGUACUACAGCCCCGACGGCCCGUGCUGCGGCCCCAGCGCCCAGGGCCGCAGGCCCCGGGUCCAGCACUGCGGCCCCACGUCGAGUGCAGCAGCCCCAGCCUCCCAAGCAGCAAACGUGAUGUUCAGGCCUGACACCAGGAAGAGACUACUGGGGGCCAUUUCAGGUAUACUGAGCGGGGUUCACUUCUGAGGCGGACAUCUCCUUGCCAAGAGCGAAGUGCUCGAAACGUCUGCACUUGUGAGGGGUCACGGCGGGGAGCAGGGCAGGCCUUGGGGCAGCCGGAUCUGUGUUCUGACCGCCAGGUGGCGCUGGGCACCAGCUCUCGCCCAGCCCCAUCUCCUCAACACGGAGCGCCUACUUUUCAAGGUGAAAUGAGAAUAGAUGGACUUAGAUCAUCUCAGGUGAACUAGCAGGAGGCUGCCUUCUUCCUUUUUAUUUGUGAGAGGUACUUAUUUACUCAGUUUCUCCUCCAGCUAGCAGUUUGAACGUGCGAAACCCUACUCAGAAGAGGAGUCACUAAAUCCAACCCAUCUUUCCGGUUUUGCAUAAAUACUGCAACACCUUCGGACAGCUGUUUACUGUUCUCCGGCUCGUUCUGGGUGGGUGAAUGCCAGCAAAAGAGGAAGCGGCUUUUGUCCCCCUUGCUAUCCACCAUGGACAUUUUAAAGAGAGAUUAAAAAUUAGGGCUGCCCGUACCACAUGAAUUUCAGAGUAUCUUGGAGUUUUCCAUGAAUAGACUCCUCUGAGGUCACCAACGGAGAGGUUUUGCUUUUCAGUUUGAUAAGACCAUAAGGAAACGUCUGUUACUUUGUUUUGUUCCAUCACCCAGAUUCCUAAGAGGCGACGGUUAACAGGUGGACCCGUGAGGACUUUUGUGAUCCAUGCUACUGCCUUCGGUAGAGAUUGUGUCUAAUCUCAAUUAGAUACAUACAGGUAUUAUUAGACCCCUAAAAAAGCAGAUCAUCUACUACUCUGACGAAACAGUCCGAUGCUCAGCAUUUUGGGGGCAGAAAAUACUUACAUUUGGCCGGUUUCUACAGAAGUGGGAGAUCUUCUCUUUCUGUCCUUCAUUUGAAAAGAUCGGAAAAUAGAUGAUCGACAUCUGCUAUAAGACAACAAAUCUCUACGCUUCUAGUCAAUAAAAGGGUCCCUCUGUACCUUCUUCAAAGUCUUCCAUUGCAAGUAGAGUAACUUUUGGUUUCCAUAUGCAAAAAGAGGAAAUACACAGAUAUGUCUGCUAAUGGAGGAAAAGCUUUCCAAGGAGGCAUGGGGUUGAGCCACGUAAACCUGGCAGUGCCCAACUACUUUUGGCCUAAAAAGGGCAAUUUCCCGUGUUUCGACCUGUACUUGGGUGUAAGAAACAUUGCUUGGGAAAUAACACUGAAGGUUUAAGAGUGUGGUUUGGACUUUUUCACUUCUCGUGCCUUAUCAGCCAAGCUGAAUUUCCAGAAACAUACCGCACAAAGUGUACUGAAAAUACAAACCAAAAGAAACCGUACGCUGACGAGGCCAGGCUCCGAGGCCAGCCUGCCUGUUAGAGAGCCCCUGCUCCCCGUUUUGUUACUUGGGGACUUGGAGCCAGCAAGGCAAACCCUUUCACUUUCUCAGGUGUGGAAAUCAAGGCGCUAACAGCCCCUCCCCUGCAGGUUGUUACAAGGAUUAAAUAAGGCUUCAAUAAAAUAAUGGGGCCCUGACCCUCAUUCGUCA